CUGGCAGGCUGUAAUUUCUGGUUGACCCGAUCAGAAUCAUUUCGCUCCUGGAAGUUUUGUCGACACUGGAUAAGUGACAAGUAGUUGACACAUAUUCAUCUGAAACACAACCUCUUAUUAUGCUCUGACACGUCAGGCAUCUGGUUGGCUGGCCCUGCUUCCUGUCCGGUAAGGCCUGCCCCUGUGGAGGCACUAGCAUGCAGUUCCUCUGUGUGUCCAUGGGGUGGAGCUGCUGAGCCAUGGAUGACUUCACUACCAAUGAUUUCACCACCAGAACAUAUGGCACCAGCGGCCUUGACAACAGACUGCUGUUUGGAGAAACCUCUGCUCGGGACAGAGCCGUCAACCUGGUGGUGGGAGGACUGACAUCCCUGCUCGUUGCAGUAACAGUGAUCAGUUCAUUCGUGUUCCCCUCGUUGCCUCCCUGGCCACUCAACGUCUUUUUGGCUUUCUGUAUCCUGCUGACCUGCGGCUCGGCCAUGGUGCUGAUUGUCUGGUACCGGCAGGGGGACUUGGAUCCGAAGUUCAGGAAGUUAAUCUACUACAUGCUGGCCUCCAUCAUGCUGCUGUGUCUCUGUGCUAACCUGUACUUCCACGACGUGGGCAGAGGGACGUGAGACUGGACAUGCCUUACUCACCCUUACAGCCACACACAGUCACUGAUUGGACUAGUGGAACCAGGUGGACUAGUGGAACCAGGUGGACUAGUGGAACCAGGUGGACUAGUGGAACCAGGUGGACUAGUGGAACCAGGUGGACUAGUGGAACCAGGUGGACUAGUGGAACCAGGUGGACUAGUGGAACCAGGUGGACUAGUGGAACCAGGUGGACUAGUGGAACCAGUUAUACCAGGAGGAUGGUAGACCUGCCCAGUACCAGUUCCGGGGGGGGGGGGCACAUUCCACACAAGCACAAAAAGGACAGACAGUUUCCAGACAAGUGACUGUCCACCAAUCAUAGUCAAGUGACUGUUUCUACUCCACCAAUCAAUGGUGCUUCACAGAUCAUCUGACCACAUAGCUCUGCACAGCAAUCACUUUAGGAUUAUUCAGACCAUUUGUUUAUUUUUUAUUUAGUAUUUUAUGCAAUAAAUAAUCAUAUCCUGUCUGGCCUGUGA